GAUGCUGUGAGCAGGAAGAGGAGGAGGAUCCUGUCGGCCGGCAGCAGCUCCUCUCCAUCCAUGUGGCUGGAAGAAGAAAAAAUAAAAAUGGGUUCGGAUCCCGACACGUGGUGCUAGAACCAGUCUGCAGGUGUAAUUCUGCUUUAAAAAAAUCCUUAUUAUUAAAUUAUUUGAGCAAAAUGCUUCCCAGCUCCUCGUCUGCGCCUAUGGAGGGAUACGAGGAGGAGGACACGCACGCGCACAUGCAAACUGAGUGCACCAGACUGACGGAGGAGCGAGACGAGGCCGAGAGGCAACUCAAACACAUCAAGAGAGUGUCUCAGAUGGUGAUCGAGGAGGUGAGCGUUCUGCAGACUCAGCUGGAGGUCGAGAAGUUGUGCCGUGAGAAUGCAGAAGCCCUGGCCGCAAAGCUGAACAGCGAGAACAGGAAGCUGAAAUAGCUGAGCCUGUCCUCUCGACCCGGUUUGGACGAGCUGCUUCCCAGCAUUUCAGACUGCGUCACCCUGGAGGCAGAUGCCAACGCCACUGAUGGGAGCGCCGACACCUUCACGCAGUACCAGCAACAGGUUAAAGAACUGAGGGAGACGGUCAACAGUGUGUUGGAGGAGAAGAAAGAUUUUGUCUGUCAGAUUCAUGAUCAGCAGAGACGGAUAGAAGAGCUGACGGCACAGUCAGAGAGGGAUCGGGCUGAGAUGAAAGAGCUUCACCAAACAGUCGAGCAGCAAAACAAAACCAUCAAGAGGUUUAACAGAGUCUCCAUGAUGGCGGCACAAGAGUACGAAGGGAUGAAGGAACAGCUGGACUUGGAGCAGAACCUGAGAGUCAAAGCUGAGACUUAUGCACACGAGAUGCUGGUGAAACAGAAAGAGGCCAACAGGCAGAGCAUGCUGCUGCUGCAGAGCACCGAGCCCAGCGUCCAGCUGCUCAAAGCCCUGGAAGACAUCGCUGCCAUCACCAAGACCUUGGAGGGGGAGCGUCUGCAGCAUCAGCAGAAGGUGCAGAACCUGGAGGAGCAGCUGCAGCAGAGCUGUGCCAGGAAGCAGCUGGAGGCUCUGCAGAAGGAGCUGGAGCUGCUGGAGGAGGAGAAGAAGGAGGUGGAGGGACGCCUCGCGCAUGCAGAAAAGAAGAACGGAGAGCUGGAGAACAGAGUCUUGGAACUCCUGGAUACCCAGAAACCGAUCACCAUGGCGACGAGUACAGGAACCCCUCCCCCUGCGCCAGGAGUGGCCCCACCUCCAGCUCCUCCUCCACAGCCGACUCCACCCCCUCCCCCUCUUCCUCCACCUCCCCCCCCCCCUCCGCCUCCCCCCCCCUCCCCCUUCACGCUGUAA